AUGGUUUAUACAUUAAACAAAAACAACACUUGUUUCCCUACUUCAAAUAUGAGAACUCAGAUUAACCAGAGACUUCCAACAAUGGCGAUUCCUUCGGCCAUGUCGCUUUACCCAAACCACCCUUUUGUACUCUCGUCUGUCGGCAGUGAAAGCUAUGAACGACGCUAUGAGAAUCAAUUUGCCUUCAGCAUCAGCAGAGAAUUGCUACUCAACCCAGACGACAUCGUCAUAGGAGAGAUGAUCGGCGAAGGAGGCAACUCCGUCGUAUAUGAAGGCCUCUACCAAAACCGAAUUCCUGUGGCGGUGAAGAAAAUUGAGCCAGGUAGAACAGCUGCAGCAAGCGUAACGCACAAGGAAAGGUUUCAAAGGGAAGUUCUGUUACUAUCCAAGCUGAAACAUGACAAUAUUGUAAAGUUUGUGGGAGCUUCCAUAGAGCCUGAUAUGAUCAUAGUUACCGAACUCAUGAGAGGCGGUACUCUUCAGAAGUUACUGUGGGGAUUUCGUCCACAACCUCUUGAACUGAAGAGGUCACUAAGCUUGGCUUUGGAUAUCUCUCGAGCCAUGGAGGCUUUGCACUCAAAUGGCAUCAUUCACCGCGAUCUAAAGCCGAAGAAUGUAUUGUUAAACAGUGAUCGGACACAAGCGAAGCUGGCCGAUUUUGGAGUUGCGAGAGAGGAGACUAUGAGUGGUAUGACUGGUGAGGCCGGCACUUACAGAUGGAUGGCUCCUGAGGUAUUUAGCUGUACAGAUCUUAAAAAGGGGGAGAAGAAGCAUUAUGAUCACAAAGCUGAUGUUUACAGCUUCGCCAUAGUUUUGUGGGAGUUGAUUGCUAACAAACAACCAUUCAGUAGACGGCAUACACCUAAUAUAGCUUAUGUUGUCAGCAAGAAUGUGCGGCCAGAACUUGAAUAUAUUCCGGAUGAAAUUGUUCCCAUUCUAGAAUCUUGUUGGGCACAGGACUCGAAGGCACGACCUGAGUUUAAGGAGAUUACUGUCAUGUUGACAAACUUGCUAAGCAGAUUAUGCUCAGACGGUAGCUGUGGUGCAGAAACGUCAACCUACGAAGCUGAUGUCGACUCAACAGAUGUAGAAGAUGGCUCAUGGAGCAGUCGGAUUCAAGCGGCUUCAGGGAGCACUCAGCUUCAAGAGUAUUGUUGCGAGGAGAUGAAACCUAAGGAGAAGAAGAAGAAGAAGAAGAUGGUGAAAGUGACGAAUUUCAUACGUCCUUUCUUCAAGAUGUUCAGGGCUUGUUUGUACAAGCCAUGAUCAACUCUUGUGUUAGGAAAGAUCGAGAAGCGUUUUGAGCUUCUCAUUGUCUUUUUGCUAAAAGAUUUCUAUCAUUACAAAACCCAUAGGAAAGUUGAAACAAAAAGACAAGAUUGAAGAUGUUAUCAGUCUUUGUUAUUUUUGUUUUUUCUGGGUUUUGUUUUUUUUUUGUUGUGAAGAGAAAAAGAAAAAAAAUAAUGCAUUGUUAAUCUUCUUUUCAUAAAAAAGUUUCUUUAGUGUAUCGAUCAAUAUAUCCAAA